AUGCUUAUCCGCAGACUUUUUUCUAGUUCUGCUUGUAGAGCUGGGAUCUCGAAGAUUAAUGUCAAAUCGCCAGUAGUUGAAAUAGAUGGUGAUGAAAUGACUAGAGUUAUUUGGUCUGAAAUUAAAGAUCGUUUAAUCUUACCAUAUAUGAAUGUGGGUUUGAAAUAUUAUGAUCUUUCCAUUACCAAUCGUGAUAAGACCAAUGAUCAAGUUACAAUUGAUGCUGCAGAAGCUAUUAAGAAGUAUGGUGUAGGUAUUAAAUGUGCCACCAUUACACCAGAUGAAAAAAGAGUAGAGGAGUUUGGAUUGAAGAAAAUGUGGAAAUCUCCAAAUGGUACUAUCCGUAAUAUUGUUGGCGGUACAGUCUUUAGGGAACCAAUUAUUAUUCCAAGAAUUCCAAGAUUAGUAUCCACUUGGGAAAAGCCAAUUAUUAUCGGUAGACAUGCGCAUGCCGAUCAAUAUAAAUGUAGUGACUUUAUUGUUCCUGGCGAGGGAAAAUUGGAAAUGAUUUUUACACCAAAGGACCCAUCAAAGGCUAAAGAUGUUUACAAGGUUUAUGAUUUCAAAGGCCCAGGUGUUGGUAUGGGUAUGUACAACACUGACGAUUCUAUUAGAGGGUUUGCUUAUUCUUCUUUCAAUCUUGCUGUCAAUAAAAAUAUGAAUUUAUUCUUGGCUACUAAGAAUACUAUUUUGAAGAAAUAUGAUGGUAGAUUUAAAGAUAUUUUCCAAGAAAUUUAUGAAAAUGAAUAUAAGAAGGAAUUUGAAAGAUUAAACAUUACAUACGAACACCGUUUGAUUGAUGAUAUGGUUGCUCAAAUGAUUAAAUCCAAAGGUGGUUAUAUAAUGGCUCUAAAGAAUUAUGACGGUGAUGUUCAAAGUGAUAUCGUGGCUCAAGGUUUUGGCUCAUUAGGUUUAAUGACAUCUAUCUUGGCUUCCCCAGAUGGUAAAACUUUUGAAAGUGAAGCCGCUCAUGGUACCGUUACUAGACAUUUUAGAAGAUAUCAAAAGGGCGAAGAAACAAGUACCAAUUCCAUUGCAUCAAUCUUCGCCUGGAGUAGAGGCUUAAUUAAAAGAGGUGAAUUAGAUGAAACUUUGGACGUCGUCAAUUUCGGUAAAUUAUUAGAAGAUGCUACCUUAAAGACUGUUCAAGUUGAUGGCAUCAUGACCAAAGAUUUAGCUUUAGCCACUGGUAAGACUUCAAGAGACUCUUACGUUGAUACUUUCAAGUUUUUAGAAGCUGUUCAAUUCCGUCUGGCCAAUGGGUUCAACGAUUUAGUUCGUUUUUAA